AUGAGAUCAGCAUUUACUUUACCUGCAAUGGCAGCUCUCGCGUCUAGCGUUGCUCAAGCUAGUAAUUCUACCCCGUGCUACAGUAAUAUGUAAAGUUAUCUAACAUCUCACAGUUCAGCCAAACCUUUUGGUUUUCACCAAGACCUCGGGCUACAGACAUUUGAGGUACAUACACUUUCACUCAACCUUCCUAGAUACUGACUUUUAUAUCAGUAUCCCACACGGCAUCAAUCUCAUCAGCUCAAUUGCGGAUGCUAAACAAUGGACCGUAACCGCCACUGAAGAUUCUUCAAUCUUCACAAAAGAGGGACUCAGCCCUUUCACAACUUUGGUUUUUAUCUCCACCACUGGAGAUUUCUUGAACGCCAGUGAGAGUGACGCUCUUCACGAAUUCUUGCAAAACGGAGGUAGUUGGUUGGGAAUCCACGCCAGUUAGUCUUGUCCCUUCUUGAACUUUAGAAAGUCGACUAAUUGCUUUUUAGCUGGCGAUUUCGGAAAUGGGAUGCCGGACUGGUAUAACACGCUCGUGGGUGGUCAGGUAAGUAAAGAUAAAAGUUUCUUUAUUCAGAGCGAGUACUGAUGCAAUUCAGUUUGCCUCCCACCCAUGCUGGAUCGAUGAAAUCUGCAGUCCUGCCCAGGUUGCCUCCUAUCCACCUGAUGGAACCAUCCGUCCCGAUACAGUGAACAUUACUGACGCUACUCAUCCAUCGACCCGUGGUCUCCCAGUCUCUCAACUGCGCACAGAUGAAUGGUACUCAUACAAGACGAACCCAACCCAAGACGCCACUUACCAUGUUCUUGCUGAGAUCAACGAGGAUUACAUUGAUGCCAACUCACCUGCGCUAUUGAGAAUGACCCCAGAGCACCCAAUCAGUUGGUACAGCAUGUUCGAAGGAAAGAGCAGAGCUUGGUAUACCGGAAUGGGCCACACCAAUGAGAGUUACACAGAGGAUUACUUCGUUAAGCAUGUUACCGGAGGUUUGGAGUGGGUUACUGGUUUGGAGAACUAG